GGUGGCAGAAAUCGAUACAAUGGAGGUGGACGAGGAGCUUUCCUUGGAACCUGUUUCCACUGUGGUAUCAGAGGCCACAAGAAGCAUGAAUGCAGAAGAAACCCAGAGAACCGAAACAACGGCACCAGAACCGGGACCGAUUCCAACAGCUACAGCACCAGCAGGGACGGCAACAAUACCAGCAGUACAAUUGGACUCGGGAGCAAACCCACAACGAGUUACACGAUUUGGGCCAACGCAACAACCGGCGACUACAGCACCAAUUCCCAGAUGGCAGCGAGAUUUACGAACAUGGGACACGGACCGACAUGGGACCCAACCAAUACUUCGUACUCGGACCCAAACGAGAUGAUGAGUCGACAGUGCAGACUGAAACAAGUAUCCAAGAUGAAAUCAAAGAAUGAAGGACUCGGUUUGACCUUUGAAUUCACAGCACCCAAUACACCACAGCGAAAUGGACGAGUCGAAAGGAAGUUCGCAACGGCUUUCGGACGAGUUCGAGCAAUGAUGAACACUGCUCGGAUGACAGAAACGAUGCGUGGCAAUCUAUGGGCAGAGGCGGCAGAUACAGCGACAAAAUUGGACACAGCACUUGUCUAUCAACGUGGUGAACAAAGUUCACAUCAAAAAUUCUGGAAACGAGAAGCUAGAUUUGCGAGACAUUUGAGAACGUUUGGUGAAAUGGCAGUGAUCAAGGUACACACAAAGAUCAAGGGUAAACUGAAAGACCGUGGAAGAACAGUUAUGUUUGUUGGAUACGCAGAUAACUCCAGCGGAGACACUUACAAAUUCUAUGAUCCAAAGACAAAGCGAAUCAGUUCAAGUCGAGAUGUGUCAUGGUUGAACAAGAGCUACGGAGAUUGGAAGGGAAUCAAGAAAACCAACACACUACAAUUGACACAGGAAAUUCUAUUGGAAACGGUCCAUGACAAUGAUAUUACACAAGCACCAACAACUCACACCAGCGACGCAAACACAACAGCACCAGAACCGGGACCGAUUGCAACAGCUACAGCACCAGCAGAGACGGCAACAAUACCAGCAGUACAAUUGGACUCGGGAGCAAAUACACAACGAGUUACACGAUUUGGGCCAACGCAACAACCGGCGACUACAGCACCAAUUCCCAGAUGGCAGCGAGAUUUACGAACAUGGGACACGGACCGACAUGGGACCCAACCAAUACUUCGUACUCGGACCCAAACGAGAUGA